UGAAAACCAGCUAAGAUGUCCGACCUCGACUGGGACGACGACGAGUUCGAGGUGGCCGAGAUCAAGAAGGAGGAGCCCAAAAAGGCGUCCACCUUCGACGACGAGGAGGAGGAGGAGGAGGCACCCGUCAAGAAGGCGCCCGCGUCCAAGCCCAAGCCCGCCAAGAAGGAGACGGUCGAGUACGUGGACGAGACCCUCGCGGACCCGGUCGCCGAGAAGCUCCGAAGGCAGAAGCUCGUGGAGGCGGCGGAUCUCGCGGCGGCGAAGGAGCUCUUCGGCACCGACGGCGAGGAGAUCGACCUCACCACCUACGCGCCAAAGUCCGAGAAGGAGUUUGCCAAGUACGGCAACCUGGUGGCGACCAAGUACAUGACGGUGGUGAAGGACAGCGCCUUCUACAAGGAGACCGUCAAGUCGUUCCUCAAGAACGCGCUCAGGAACAGCAGCGCCGCGGAGGUCAAGGAGAUCGAGGCGUCGAUCGUCGCCAUCCGCAACGACAAGGUGAAGAAGGAGAAGGCUGACGCGGCGCUCGCGCAGAAGGCGGAGCAGGCGGAGAAGGCCAAGGCUGGCAAGGGGAAGAAGAAGUUCCUCAACCAGGGCGUCAAGGGUGCGAACUCCGGGCUGGACGACUACAAGUACGACUCGUACACCCCCGACGACGAUUACGACUUCAUGUGAGCGUAUAGUUUGGUGGUGGAGCGGAGGGUGGACGCCGGGGAGCGGCUUUAGGCGCGACUCGACUCGUCUCUGUGAAUACGCAAAAGUAGCCAUUCGCCGC